UAAUCAUCAGAAGGGGGCGACGGUGACGUAGAAAAGUGGCGACGCGCACCAACAACUUUGUUAUUGCUAGUUUUUAUGUCUUUAGAAAUCACUUAGCUCACUGUCGUGGAUGGACUAACGUAUAUUUAGACACAAAAAAAGCAGUCAUGUUCCACAACAGCUCACAGAGAAAAUACUGGAUUUUUAAAAGCGAAGAUGAAGUUGAGCACAUGAGAUUCAAGGCCAAUCAGAAAUUUCGUAACAAGAUACUGGAAGGUGGGAGGCCUGGAGUGAGCGAGUCCAUCUUCCUGGAGCGUCACGAGGAGGACGUUUUAUUUAGACACUAUGAGAGGAGGCUGCUGGAUUUCUGCAAUGCUUUUAAGCCUGUGAUGCCCAAGUCUGUGGUGGGUACAGCCAUUAUGUACUUAAGAAGAUUCUACCUGAACAACUCUAUUAUGGAGUACCACCCUCGGAUUAUCAUGCUCACUUGUGCAUACCUGUCCUGUAAGGUGGAUGAGUUCAAUGUGUCCAGCACCCAGUUUGUGGGCAACCUUCUGCAGGAGACCCCAGCAGGACAGGAAAGGGUUCUGGAGCAAAUCCUGGAGUAUGAACUGCUGCUAAUCCAACAGCUCAAUUUCCACCUGGUGGUCCACAAUCCUUACAGACCCAUGGAGGGCCUGCUUAUUGACCUCAAGACUAGAUACCCCACCCUGGAGAACCCAGAGUCACUGAGGAAGAGUGCAGAUGACUUUCUGACACAGGCGGCUAUGACUGAUGCAGGGUUGCUGUUUCCCCCCUCUCAGAUCGCUCUGACAGCUAUUCUGAACAGUGCUUCGAGGGCCGGUCUCAGCAUGGAGAGCUACCUGACUGAAUGCCUGGGACUGAAAGAGGACAGAGAGGCUCUCUCAAAGAUGUACGACUCCAUGAGAAGGAUGAAAACCCUCCUGAAGAAGUAUGAACUGCCCAAACCGGAGGAAGUGAAUGUUUACAAACAGAGGCUGGAGAGGAUUCAUGUUGAAUUUGCCAGUUCGAGCAACAAACGGAAGCGAGGAUAUGAAGAAGAUGGCCAUGUAGCAAAAGAGCCACGUUUGGCAGAAGAGGUGAGACUCUAGUAGGAAUGGACAGAUGAAGACCUGAUAUGAGCACUAUGUGGUUGUGGAAUCAGUCAAGUUUUAAGUUAUUAUACUACUUAAUUCCAGUAUUGAACCGUCAGUGACCAAGCCUUUCCAGAAAACACAACAGUGUGUCAUAAACAGCUAGCAAGUGUGCUUGUCAUAUUUAAUUUUCUACAUGACACUGCAGUCAGUCUUGGAGUUGCCUUUGUUCUGCAGUAAGAAUAAAGAUAUUUUUCUA